CCCAUUCCGUUUCAUCCUUCAGCAGCCUUUUUUUCAUGAAGCUCGAGAGACGUUUCAUUCACGAACCACAUCUUCGUCUUCUCCUAGCGAAUUUUCUGAACGUCGUUAACCCCAGAAAGCCCUCCGAAAUGGGCCCGGGAAAUGGAGAUCUAGAAUUGUUUCCGAGCCGGUAAUUUGGACGUCGCGUGCCAGCAUCGUGUUUGCUGCGCCACCGCCCCUAGGCGUCGUUGCUUCGGACCGCGUGUAGGAUAGACAGCCUUACCAUCGUCGUCGAUGAUGUUUCGCUCAACGGCCAGCCCUCAGCAGAUGGUCGCCCCCGGCUCAGGUCGCAGCGAUCCCAACCGAAUCGUUCCCUACUUGACCCAUCUCGAGACCCACCACGGCCAGCCCACGCCCGCCUCAUCCCCGAAUGCUAGGCGGACGCGGAAAAGCGAGAAGAAGAUCCCUGAAAGGCCUCGUCCAGACAGGAGACGGGAGCCAGAUGAGCCUCGAUUCAACGUAGCGGCCCCUACGCACCCGAGAGGUGCUACUAGGAGAAGCAACAACUCGGCGGGGCGGGCAGCCCGGGUCCCUGUGCCUCCUCCGAAUGCUGUCAGAGGUAAGAUCCUUCAAUUAUCUGAGGCCGCAUGCAAUUAAGUAUCGCAAUAACCAGAUUCGAUGAUACCUGACUAUCCACCGCCAUCGUUCCAGGAGGCACUCAUGACACCGCCCUUCAUCCCACCUCCACUCUCCGAAGCAUCGACGGACGGACCACAGCAAGAUACACCGGAAGUAGAUCUAGCACCAGAUACGUCAUUCGCUCCCUCUGCCAACCAUCCUGAACCCUUAUCGCAUGCUGCUGAGCCGACACAGCCCCCUUCAUUGACGGUACAGACGGCAGUCGGCCCCUCAGGGUCACCUUUGUCGUCCCCCUCCUCGCAGCCAAGCAGUGAUCAAUCGGGCUCGUCUGGUUCAGGCUCCGAUGAGUCAUCCAGCAACACCUCCAGCGUCGAGAUCGUCAACUACGAUAACGUGAGCGAGGGCUGGGAGGCUGAUCGCAGACGCGGUGUUCCGCUUACCGAGAGGAUUGUACACGAGCGUCGCAGGCUGCUAGUUGCCGAAAGCACUACCAACCUUGUUUCCUGCCAUCUCACGCCGUCUGAUCAUGCCGACACGUCGCACCAUGCGGACACUGCAAGCACCCACGGUCUGUGUACUCAUUGCGGGUCGCCCAAACCUUCGAGCGUCAAUGGGCGCCAGCUUGCUCCUUCUCCAGAUCUCACGGAAUACGAGCCAGAUGGUCUGACGCCUCCGAGCUCCCCUAAGAGCAAGAAAGGAUGGAGAAAGCUUCUUCAGCCUAUCAUCGCCCACGAUACCAAAGCUGUCCAUGGUUCCGACUCUCCGCCGUCCCCCAUGCCAAAAUCGCCAACGACGACAGGGCCUCUCGGUCUAGGCUUCCUCCAGGGAGCAUGGAGUAGUACACUUACACUCGCAUCUACCAACGGUAGCUCUCCCUCCAAAGCAGCUGACAGCUCCUCACCAUCGUCUAUCAAGCGCAGAGAGACCUCGGGCGUUCGGAGGCUGUUUGCAAAGGGCAAGGAUCGUGACUGGUCGCCACCGGCACCUCCGGACGCUGACGACGAGCCUUGGGAGGUGGUCAAUCGUGCUUCCGUCCUUUGGGCAGAGGAGCAGGAACACAAGAGUGGCUCGCGAUCUAUUAGCCCAGUCUCGGAAGUAUCGCAGGAGCACGGUUAUGUUUCUCCUAUGAGUCCCAGCCCGCGGUCUACUCGCAGGCAGGCUCUUGCUAGCCCGCAGACCACCCCGUUUCUCAAUCGACCUAUUCGGCAUCCUGCGAUGAACGGUAGCACUCUGACGUUACCCAUGAACCAUUCGGUUGUCUCCCUCCAGUCCAGCACCGCAGCGGGCUCCGGUGCUGGUCGACCAUCCCCUACAUCCGACCUAGGUGCGCAUGAUACCCAGAGCCAGAAGAAAGCGAAGAGGCCGCCGCCGCCACCGCCACCUCCGCGCCGCAAGGCUAUGUCUACCACUAUGAAGGCAUCGCCCUCCGCUGUCUGGCUGCCGCUUAUCGACACCCAGGCAGCGGCCAGUGUCAGAAGCUACGCAGAAGUCGCAUCUCCAGCACAAACGCUGGCUAGCCCGAUGACUGCGACUACGAUUGUUACGCCCUACGAGCCUAGGCCAUACCCCUCACUGCCCUCUCUACGUCCCAGCUCCCCGGACGGAGCUGAGACGACUUACAGUUUGCCCAGCCCGCCGCCCAGCGCAGGCCUUUAUGGCUCCUUCAACGUCCCAAUGUCUGUUCCCGUUCAAGAUUCUGACGCUGUAUCUAUUGCUUCGAGCUAUGCUGGCAUGUCCUCGGCCCCAGCGACGCGCUACAACCCCGCUCAGACGCGCGUUCCUCCUCCGGUGGUGACCGUGACAGACAGCAUGUCCACUAUCUCCAUCGAGUCUCCUUCCAUCACGCCUCCCCGUACGCCUACCACUCCGACACACCCGCACCACUACCCAGGCCGGCCACUUCCGCAGCCGCCUCGCUCACAGCCACCGCACCAGCCACAGCCAGCAUUACCGUGCAGGCAGCCUUCCCCACUCCGCACAACGGCCGCUGUUGCCUCGCCGGUUUCUCCGGCAGUCUCGCCCAUCUCUGAGCACUCCUACUUCAGCGAUCUGGACGACCUCGCGUCGAGGGUCAUCGAAGGAGACCACAAUGGCAGGAACUACGAGGUCGGUCCUUCUCGCUCGCCCGCUCACUAGAGACUCAAUGCCCUUCUGCAGGACCUCAUGCACAUCUCCGAGUUCGCGCGCCCCGCCAACGCUGCGCAGGAUCCGUUCGUCGUCGACGAGACGACGCUCAAGAUCCCGCCCUCAGGGCGCGUCCGUGCCGAGCGGCGGCGCGCGAGGGACGGCCGCGUCAAGCUGAAGCUGACGCUCCUUGGCGAGCCCGUCGACAAGUGUGGCAUCUGCCUCUCGCGGUUCAAGGACGCCGAGGUCGCGUGCCUCGGCACGCACUGCCAGCACGCGUGAGUGUUGCCCUAACC